CCGCUUCGAAAUUCCAACAACAGUCACGCACAGGUGGCACUGCACGAAAGUGUCGAUUUCGAAUUUUUUCGCAAAGCCACCUCGCUGUCCACUUUUGAACUCUCUUUUCGUUUUGCUCGUACCGUACGAACGUGGUUUGUACAUUUGCGCACGGCAUACACAUCGAAACCAUUAAUUUUGUUUCUACCACACUUAACUAAGAUCUAAAAUGGCUAAGCGUACCAAGAAGGUCGGAAUCGUUGGUAAAUACGGUACCCGUUAUGGUGCUUCACUACGUAAGAUGGUGAAGAAAAUCGAAAUCACCCAGCACUCCAAAUACACAUGCUCGUUCUGCGGCAAGGACUCAAUGAAACGCGCCUGUGUCGGCAUCUGGUCAUGCAAACGGUGCAAGCGUGUCGUAGCUGGCGGUGCCUGGGUAUAUUCCACAACAGCAGCUGCCACAACCCGUUCAGCUGUCCGAAGAUUGCGUGAAACCAAGGAACAAUAAACAAUUUACCCAUUCAGGAAACGCGCGUCGCAAUGAACAUCGUUUGUGUGAAUUUUGAAUGAAUAAAAAGUUGGUAAAUCAAA